CGCCUUCCUUAAAAGCGUCGGUCCGUUGCGCGCGGCCUUUUCCUGUGUGUGCCAGAGCCGCGCGUGGUUUGCGCCGAGCGACUGGGAGUCCUCGCCUACUCCUUCAGGAUGACGGAGUGGGAGACAGCUGCACCUGCAGUAGCAGAGACCCCGGACAUAAAGCUUUUUGGGAAGUGGAGCACCGAUGAUGUGCAGAUCAACGACAUUUCCUUGCAGGACUACAUUGCUGUGAAGGAGAAGUAUGCCAAGUACCUGCCCCACAGCGCAGGGCGCUAUGCGGCCAAGCGCUUCCGCAAAGCGCAGUGCCCCAUCGUGGAGCGCCUCACCAACUCCAUGAUGAUGCACGGCCGCAACAAUGGCAAGAAGCUCAUGACCGUGCGCAUCGUCAAGCAUGCCUUCGAGAUCAUCCACCUGCUCACGGGCGAGAACCCCCUGCAGGUCCUGGUGAACGCCAUCAUCAACAGCGGCCCCCGGGAGGACUCCACCCGCAUCGGGCGAGCUGGAACAGUGAGGCGGCAGGCCGUGGAUGUGUCACCACUGCGCCGUGUGAAUCAGGCCAUCUGGCUGCUGUGCACAGGUGCCCGUGAGGCUGCCUUCCGGAACAUCAAGACCAUCGCCGAGUGCCUGGCAGAUGAGCUCAUCAACGCGGCGAAGGGCUCCUCCAACUCCUAUGCUAUCAAGAAGAAGGAUGAGCUGGAACGCGUGGCCAAGUCUAACCGUUGAUCGCCAAGCUGUAGCCCCAAUAAACCUCUUUGCCCUUUGGGGUGGCAUCA